GAGACCUCAUAUGUCUUCUUUUCGAAUUAUUUUCGUUACUGAAGAGAAUAUUGCGGAGUUUUCGUAUGUGUUUUGACGCAGUUAGAUGUACCACACAGCUCAAAAGGAGGUGGAUAAAAUAUUACUGACUGCUGUAAGUUCAGAGUGGACGGUUGUAAAUCUUAGUCACCGAGAUCUGACCGUACUUCCUAAUUCUUUGAAGGAACUCGUCAAAGUGAAAACUUUGUUGUUGAAUGACAACAAGAUUAUAAUGCCUCCAGUGGAACUUGUCACGCUAAAAAAUCUUCAAGUUCUAGCACUUGAUCAUAAUCAGUUGACACUAAUACCUACAGGAUUUCGGCGGCUAUCGAAUCUGCGAGUUUUGUGUUUGAGUCACAACAAUUUAGGAUUCUUACCUUCAGAAAUAGGGGAGCUAACCUUUCUCCGAGAACUUUGGAUUGUCAACAUCCAGCUGAUGGCAUUACCACCCGAGAUUUGUAAUCUGCUGAACUUGGAAAAACUCGGUGCAGGAUGUAACAAUAUCAAGGCUUUGCCUGACAGAUUUUCGGCUUUAAAAUCUCUGAAGUGGCUAAGCUUAGCAAAAAAUCAACUUUCGUCUCUUCCAAGUGACUUUCAUUGCCUUAUAAAUUUGAAGCAGCUCGAUCUUGCUGAGAAUCAAUUUAACAAAUUUCCUGAAGGUUUGAGUGGACUUCACAAAUUGGAGAAUUUGAUUCUGCGUUCAAACCUGAUUCAGUCUUUGCACAAUAACACUGUCAACAAACUGCCAAAUUUGAGUCAUGUAGACCUCAGGGACAACAAACUAAUUUUACUUCCAAGAAAUUUAGAACGUCUUCAUAUAUUCUGUGUUGGAGAGAGACAGAUUUGCAGAGACAUUGAUGAGAAGAGCUUACAAAAAGUAGAUAAAGUGAGGAAGAAGCAGAAACCUGAAUAAAAGGAAUUAGUUGCUCAACACAGGGUAAUGAAAAAACUUCUUUGACAGGGAUGUUCAUUCAAAACUUGGAAUUGGAAUGCUUUUCUAUUUAGAGUAGAAGUACACUUGUGGACUGUUCUGAUUUUGCUUUUUUGUGCUCUGUGAUUGGUCCAGCAAGCUCUAGCCAUUCUCCCCAUUAAUUGAAUGGAAGAAAUAAAGGAUAAACAACUGAAGAAUCACGUCCUUGGUAUGAUAGAAAUUUUCACUCCCUUGAGUUUGUAUGAAUGACUCUGUAUUUACUUUGUAUUCUGAUUUGCUUGUUAUAAUGUUGACAUUUGCUCUGACUUGCUGUUUUAAUUGUUAGAUUUGUAUAAGAGGGGGCCUCUGGGAAACCACAACACGGGAGAAAAAAAUCUCCAAAGCUGAAAACCGACGAAAAAAGGCAGCAAAACUGAA